GCACUGGGCGGCGCUGGCUGGCUCCCUGGCUGCGGCUCCUCAGUCGGCGGCGGCUGCUGCUGCCUGUGGCCCGGGCGGCUGGGAGAAGCGGAGUGUUGGUGAGUGACGCGGCGGAGGUGUAGUUUGACGCGGUGUGUUACGUGGGGGAGAGAAUAAAACUCCAGCGAGAUCCGGGCCGCGAACGAAAGCAGUGACGGAGGAGCUUGUACCACCGGUAACUAAAUGACCAUGGAAUCUGGAGCAGAGAACCAGCAGAGUGGAGAUGCAGCUGUAACAGAAGCUGAAAACCAACAAAUGACAGUUCAAGCCCAACCACAGAUUGCCACAUUAGCCCAGGUAUCUAUGCCAGCAGCUCAUGCAACGUCAUCUGCUCCCACCGUAACUUUAGUACAGCUGCCCAAUGGGCAGACAGUUCAAGUCCAUGGAGUUAUUCAGGCGGCCCAGCCAUCAGUUAUUCAGUCUCCACAAGUCCAGACAGUUCAGUCUUCCUGUAAGGACUUAAAAAGACUUUUCUCCGGAACACAGAUUUCAACUAUUGCAGAAAGUGAAGAUUCACAGGAGUCAGUGGAUAGUGUAACUGAUUCCCAAAAACGAAGGGAAAUUCUUUCAAGGAGGCCUUCCUACAGGAAAAUUUUGAAUGACUUAUCUUCUGAUGCACCAGGAGUGCCAAGGAUUGAAGAAGAAAAGUCUGAAGAGGAGACUUCAGCACCUGCCAUCACCACUGUAACGGUGCCAACUCCGAUUUACCAAACUAGCAGUGGACAGUAUAUUGCCAUUACCCAGGGAGGAGCAAUACAACUGGCUAACAAUGGUACCGAUGGGGUACAGGGCCUGCAAACAUUAACCAUGACCAAUGCAGCCGCCACUCAGCCGGGUACUACCAUUCUGCAGUAUGCACAGACCACUGAUGGACAACAGAUCUUAGUGCCCAGCAACCAAGUUGUUGUUCAAGCUGCCUCUGGAGAUGUACAAACAUACCAGAUUCGCACGGCACCCACUAGCACUAUUGCCCCUGGAGUUGUUAUGGCAUCCUCUCCAGCACUUCCUACACAGCCUGCUGAAGAAGCAGCCCGAAAGAGAGAGGUUCGUCUAAUGAAGAACAGGGAAGCAGCCCGAGAGUGUCGCAGAAAGAAGAAAGAAUAUGUGAAAUGUUUAGAAAACAGAGUGGCAGUGCUUGAAAACCAAAACAAGACAUUGAUUGAGGAGCUAAAAGCACUUAAGGACCUUUACUGCCACAAAUCAGAUUAAUUUGGGAUUUAAAUUUUUCACCUGUUAAGGUGGAAAAUGAACUGGCUUGGCCACAACCAGAAAGACAAAAUAAACAUUUUAUUUUCUAAACAUUUCUUUUUUUCUAUGCGCAAAACUGCCUGAAAGCAACUUCAGAAUUUCAUUCAUUUGUGCUUUUGCAUUAAACUGUGAAUGUUCCAACACCUGCCUCCACUUCUCCCCUCAAGAAACUUUCAGCGCCAGGAAUCAUGAGGAGACUUCUGCUUUUCAACCCCCGCCCUCCUCAAGAAGUAAUAACUCAUUUCUUGUAAAUUGAUGGGGGAAAUAAGGAAAAGAAAAUCUUUUUCAAAAUGAUUUCAAGGUUUGUGCUGAGCUCCUUGAUUGCCUUAGGGACAGAAUUACCCCAGCCUCUUGAGCUGAAGUAAUAUGUGGGCCGCAUGCAUAAAGUAAGUAAGGUAUAAUGAAGAAGUGUUGAUUGCCAAAUUGACAUGUUUUCAUAUUUUCGUUGUCAAUUAUGUAAAAUUGUUAAGAGACAUACCCUCUAAAAAAGAAUUUUAGUGUGGUAUUGAAGAAAUUAGGAAUGAAUUCAGAGUGCUUUCUAUGUACAUUCUCUUCUUCAAUACUGAAAAUUUGUCCUUGGUUCUUGCAUUCUGUAUUAACUACAGCUCUUCCAUUGGGCAGUUGUUGCUUCUUAAUUCAGUUCUGUUAUGUGUUCAACAUUUUUGAAUACAUUAAAAGAAGUAACCAACUAAAUGAAAAAGCAUGGUAUCUGAAUUUUAAAUUAAAUUGAAGUAAAUAAAAUUACAAAGCUUAUUUUAGUUAGUACUAAAUUCUAAGUAAAAAGAUGCUGAUUAGUAAACCAUCCCCUUGAGUUACAUAACAAGGUUUUUAAAUAAAUGUUUUUGUCCUCGCUUUCAAAAAUAUUUAUAUUGUCAUUCGUUUACUUAAAAGGGUAUUUCUAAUUUACUGUUGUCCUUUGCACUUACAUUAUACCACCAACAGGAAAGCCUUCAAGAUGUUAAAUAAAGCAAAGUGAUGUAUUUGUUUAUGAAAUGUUACAUGUAGAAAAAUACUGAUUCUAAAUCUUUUCCAAGUUAACAUACUUCAACAGAGAAUCUCUAGUGAAUUUUUUAAAUGAAAGAAGUUGUAGGGAUAUUCUAAAAAGUACAGUGUUAGAUUUUAGAUUUGCAUAAGGAAAGCAAUUAUUCUUCAGACAUAUUUGAAUGACUACUGUACUACAAUAUUUGGAUUGUCAUUCUUACAAAACAUUUUUUUGUUCUCUUCUAAAAAGGGUAGUUAUAUUUUAGCUUUCCAAUAUGCUCUGUUGCCUUUGUCAUUUUAUAAAGGAGCUACCUAUUUUAAUUCCUGACUACAAUAGUCUAUAUUUGUGUAUAUCAUACACUGUUCCCCUAAUACUACUUUUAAUUAUUAAUUACUUGUUUUAUUCACUAAGCCUGAUAAAUCUAAAAGUUACCCCUUAAAAGAAAGAUAAGACUAUGGUGGAUUUUAAAAAUUUGGAGACUGGCAUAAUGUUAGAUUAUAAUUUCUCAUUUGAGAAGGAAAUUCCUUUUAAAAAAAGAGUCAAACUUAAAAGGUUAAUGUUUCAUAUUUAGUAAUGGGUUAAGAAGGUUAAGUUUGUUUAACAUAACAAAAUGUGCAGAUUUAUGUGUUAAUUAUUGGGUCCAUUUAAAAAAGAUUUUUAAUUAAUAUUUGUAAAUGAUAUAUUUUUGUUUGUAACAAACCAUUGUCUUUUUUCAAGGAUGAACAAAGUUUAUGAAGGAGCAUCAUUCUAAGAAUUGAGUGAUGUAGUCUUUAUGUUUGGACAAUUCACCAGAUUCUCAAGAAGGCUUUCAAACGACUGUAAAGUUUGAUAUUUGUCCUGCUGAGCUAAUGGGGAAAGUUAUAGCAUAAAAAUUGUUUGUAUACCAGCAUAGAUAAUGUUAUUUUCUAAAACUGGUUUAACAGAAACCAAGCAAAGUCACAAAUCUGUUCACAAACUGGAAUUAUUUCUUGAGUCAAAAUGUUAGAUUGAACAUUCUGAAUGUCAUGUUACAAAUGAAAAAUUGCCUGGUGUUUAGCAAUUUGUAUUCUCUAAAGUUCUCUGUUUUUCAAAAGCUGAGGCUUUCUACUUAGGAAGUUGGUGGUCCUCUUAGUCCCUGAUAAAUCAAGGCAAUCACAUUCAUAUUAGCUGGAUGGAUUUUAAGUUAUAAAGGCCUGGUUCUUUAUAUGUUGAGGAAGAUUGCACUGGUUUGAAGUCAGUUACUGAAUGUGAGGUGAGGAAUGUAUCCUGUUGCUAAGUCUGGUUUAGACCCUUGGAGAGACUUGAAGAUUUCAGUUUAUACAGAUAAAAAUCAAGCAUCUUUUGUGCGGGCUUUUUUUUUUUUUUUUUUUAAUAUGAGAAUUGGUGGGGGGGUGAAGGUGUUUGUUUUUAAGCAUGAAGCCUUGAGAACCUUUAUUAAGAAAAUGACAUAAUAAAAAAAAAAAUCCCAUAGCCAAGAACAUAUGUGGCCACAUUACCAGUAAUAAAUGUUUUUCUCUUCAUAUUGGCCAAAAGGGAAUGAAAAUGUCAUCAUAGGAAUUUGUACAUAUGCUACUGAUUUGCCUAGAAAAUAGCAAGUUUGGUAUCGCUCACUUUGCAAAUAUAGGGCCAUGUGGCACUUUUAUCUAUAGGACAGAUUAACUCUAAUAAAAAUGAAGUGGGGAGGGGUUUAUUUUUGAUAUCUUACUCUUAGGAGUUUUUGAGCUUUGAUAGUGUUUAACUGAAAAGUGGUUUAGAAAGGGCUAGAUCCAAUUUGUUCAUUAUUAAAAAAUUGAUAUCAGAUACAAUUUUAAGUUCAUUCUUUUUCAAACUCAAGUACCAUAUUGGCAACCAUAAUAUUGUCAUAGGUGCUCUGUUCAUUUAGAUAUCCUGGGGGGGUGGGGAAUGGCAUUUGUAUAAUAUAUGUGUACAUAUAUACAUACAGUAUAUAAUCUAAAGCUCUGAGAGCUCUUAAGUCAGGAAUGCUGAGUAUCAUAGUAUAUUGAGGUCAGAUGAAAUUUUACAUUUUUGUGUGUUCUGUUGCAUCCCUUCUGGUAGAUUAUAUGACUGCAUUACUCCAGCACUCAUGAUUGAUUUUUUAUUGUCUGAUUUUCUUCCAAGUAUUUUAUUUUAUUAUUAAGUUUUCUUUGGCCUGAUACUUUUAAAUGUGUUGCUAGUCACUUGAAAACUUCCCCAACUUCCCCCACUAAAAGUAUUUGGUUUUUAUGCUUUGUCUCUGGCAGCUAUUAACAGUGGUAAGAACAUUUUAAAGACAGCUUUUACAAGGAACCACUGACUUUUCAAAAAUCAUCCUGCGGGGGGAGGACUUUUGAUGUUUCGUUUGAGCAGGGAUUUUGUCAGAAAAUGUGUUUUGACGGUAGUCAGCAGCAGUGCUAGUCUCUGAAAGCACAAUACCAGUUAGGCAGCCUGUCCCAUCAGAUGUCAUCUGGCUGAAGUUUAUCUCUGUCUCUCAGGACUAAUCCCUACUAUCUUUUAACCUUUUGGGGUGGCAUGCGGAAUCAUACAAAGGCUUAGGAAGAAACAAGUUUGUUUAAACGAGGAUGCUUUUACUUACUUGAAGUGACUUCAAUCUAGGUUUCUUCUUUUCAUAUUUAAUAAGUUUUUAAUUCUAUGAUCAGCUAGAGUCAGCUAUUAGCAUAAACUGGUCUCUGUUUAUUUUGAAAAUCAAAGGCUGCUUCAUUUUGUAGGAUUAUAUAAGGCUAAUAUAUAUUAAAAUUAGAACUUUGAAUUAAAGUGGGUUUUAGAAAUAGUGGUUACAUACCUUUUCAGUUAUUUUCAAGAGGCUUUAUUUUGUUGCCUUUGUAGCCCUGAGAACUGUUGGUAUAUUUUUUUCCAUUGACCUAAUACAAAAGUUGUAUAUUUAUUUGGAUUAUAUUUACAUUAUAUUCUUUGUAAAUGUUUGGUGUAACUUGCACUUUCAAAAAUGACCCAGUUUGGGUGUUAGCAACUUAAGGAAAUUCCCUCAUCAGUUAAUUAUCAGCUGACUUUUUGGUCUUUCUCCAGUCUUCAAAUCAUGUGACUUUAGAAGCUUUUCAUUGAUUAAAAUAUUUUAGCACCUCAAAGCUAGCCUUAAAAAAUAGCUGUAAAAGAAAAAUACCAGGAAAUUAGAUUUGACUAGCCCAGUUAUUUAAAAGAUGGGCUAAAACCUUAUUUUAUUCUUUUUUAUCAUGGAUAAAGAUUGAAGGAAAAGUAAUUCAAGUGAAUAAUAUUUAUUUCCAGUUUUAAAUGAGACUUUAUCCUCAUCCUAACAUUAGUACUGUAUAUAGUAUGCCAAAAUACCCAUUAAUUUUUUCCAGAAUAGUAAAAGAUUUUUGAAGCCAUUAAAUUAUUGUUUUAUCAUGGAGACCACAUGUAGUAAUCAUUUUACUAAAUUAUUUUCAUUUUUAAUUGGUAUUGUUGACAUCAAGGAAAUGCUGCCUAAAUUUGACUAAUUUCAGAUGAGGAAGGGGAAAGUGAAGUGUGCUUAUGUAGGCCUGUAGGUGAAGAGUUGUGAGAUAAAUUUGUUCACUCAGUUGUACAAAGCACAACUAGAACUUUUUGUUGGGUGGCUUACAUACAUCUUGAAUACUUUUAACGUUAAUAAUGUUGACUUUAUUAAGUUGACUACACAGUCACUGUAUGUACUAGGAACUGGUUUCCUUGACUCUAGAAUCAAUGGCUAGGAGAGGCAUUAAUCCUUGAGGGAUUGAACAUAUCAUGAAGCUGAGUCAGUAUGGAAGAAUUUCAAAUAAAUUCAAACAGGGUGCUGAAGUUCCAUCUGUCUCAUCUGCUUAUGAUAAGUUCUUAUUGAUUAGUGAAUGUAGCUUAAGCCUUUGUAUGUGUCCUCAGGGGGCAGACAAACUUUAAGAGGGACCAGAUAACGUUUGAAUGGAGGGAUUAUAUUUCAGGUGUUUUAACUUGAAAUUUAUUUUUUAAAAAAAGAAAAAUUAAAAAAAAUAAAAUAAAAUAGAACAAAGCCUGUAAUGCAAGUUGGUAUUAUAAACAGGCAGAGUUGUUUAGCACAGAGAGAAAAUAUUGACCUGUCUGCAUUCUGGUACUGUGGGUGCAGGUCCCAGCUGGGUUUAACAUGAUACAUUUUUAAUUAUUCUCACCAGCAAGUAAAAGGAAAAUGAACAAUCUUCAGGAAAUGUCUUUAAAAAGAAUCAAACAGUAGGAAAUUCAAAUUUUACCUACUUUAUACGGCAUUAUUUAAUACUGGCCUAUAGAAGCAUGGCAUUUCCAAGCUUGUCUGAGGAGCAUCUCAGAGAUGUGAGAGUAAAUCUAAGAUUGUUUAAAAAUUGGUAGGGAAGGAAGAAAAUCCCUGCAGAUAAUGAUCUUAUGUUAGUUGGCCAAGUGAAAUGAUCUAUCAUUGUGUUUGGGAGGUUUUAUUUUCUUAUGUUUUUAAAAUUGAAUUGGUAAAUGCUUUAUAGAUGUAUUUUUAUCCAGGUGCCACUCCAAUUUGUGUAUGUAAUAAAAUUAUUUAUAUUAAAAGUGGGAAAUAAUUUGUCAACAUUUUUCUUUGAGUAUAGAUUUAUUAGAGGUGGCAAAGAAGAGUGCUAGUUAGCAGUUUUCCAUGUAAAAUUGUCCUUGACUGAUUUGUCCACGUCAGUUGAAACCACCACCCCCACAAGAGGAAUUAUUUCUAACCUAUCGGUAUCGCUUGAAACUUUUUAGAAACAAAAUAAUCAGGGAAAUUCCUAGAGAGAAAGGGUGUUUGGCUUUUUGGUUUUUCCUUGAGGAUUGGGGUAAAGAAUACUUCCCCCAAAACUAUCAGCACAAAACAGGGUAUUGAUUUUUAACUCUGAUGUUUCUAUUGGAGUUGAAUACUAAAUAAAUAACUAUAAUGAGGGAAAUACAUUUCUAAUAAAAUUCCCUACAUUCUAGAAACAUCCCUGUUUUAAUUUUUUUACCUAAAUCUUUGUGCUUUAUGUGUAAAGAAAAAAAUGUACUGAGUUACAAUGCAUUUUAUUAACACUAUGUACAUAUUAGCUGCUUUGUGUUCAGAAUGGUAGCAAUUGCUUUGUAUAUUAAAAGUGAUCCUUGUGAAUUUGUGAAAUAUUGUCAUAAAGUGCUUUUUCUUACUGUAAUCUUUGUGGUAUCAACUGUCAUAAUGCCCUUUUUACACAAACAUUUAUGUGCAGUCACAUAAACAUGCUUUUAAAAACUC